UUAAGACAAGCCUGAUGUUCUUCUGAAUGUGCAUGCAUUACCUGUGUGUCUACAUACUUGCAGGCAUAGCCAAUUUCAGAAAAUGACGUAACUCUAUAUGGGAGAAUAUAAAAUAGUCGUAACAGCUAACAUUAGAUCACUUACCUAGUAUUAAUAUAUAGGAAUGGCUCAAGUUUCGGAAGAAUUAGCAGAGAUGAGUUUUGGAGAGGUUUACACCUCAGAGAAACUGGGUUCAGAUGAGACCGGAGAUGGCACGGCUGAAAAGCCUUUCAAGUCCGUGCUGGAGGCAUUGCGGCAGACUGAUGGCAAGGAGCCUUUACCGAACAUCUUUGUGGACGGCAAGGAGGAAGGCAAGAAAUAUGAGCCGCUAGCGAAGGCUCAGAUGAAGAAGCAGAAGAAGAUCUGGCAGAGUGAGGCAAACAAGGCUGCUGACAAGGCCAAGAGAGAUGAUGAGGAUGCUGAGCGUCGCGAGAAGAACUUGGAGGAGGCCAGGAAAGUGGUGCUGACCCAAGACCCUGCUCUGCCCACACCCAAACAGAUCAAGAUUCGUGCUGGUGUGAAGACACGCAGUGUGCGUGUGAAGGUGUAUGGCUGGGUUCACCGACUGCGACGACAGGGGAAGAACCUCAUGUUCCUCGUGCUCCGUGAUGGCACAGGCUUCCUGCAGUGUGUGCUUUCAGAUAUAUUGUGCCAAUCGUACGAUGCCCUCACCCUGUCCACCGAGGCUGCUGUGUGUCUGUUUGGCGAGAUAAACGUGGUCCCAGAAGGAAAAACAGCACCAGAAGGGCACGAGAUGAAGGUGGACUACUGGGAGCUGGUUGGGUCCUCACCUCCAGGGGGUGCUGACAACCUGCUGAACGAGGAGGCCCAUGUAGACGUACAGCUAGACAAUAGGCACAUGAUGAUCCGCGGAGAAAACACAACAAAGGUGUUGAAGAUGCGGUCAGUUGUGAUGCACUGUUUCCGUGAGCACUACUUUGACAGAGGAUACUACGAGGUUACCCCACCCACCCUGGUGCAAACACAGGUGGAAGGGGGGUCUACGCUCUUUAAACUCCCGUACUUCGGGGAAGAGGCUUACCUAACCCAGUCGUCCCAACUUUACCUGGAGACCGCCAUACCAGCCAUGGGGGAUGUGUUCUGUAUAGCUAGCUCUUACAGAGCAGAAACCUCGCGCACACGUAGACAUCUGUCAGAGUACACCCACAUUGAGGGAGAGUGCUCAUUUAUCUCAUUUGAUAACCUGCUAGAGCGCCUGGAAGACCUUGUUUGUGACGUCGUAGACCGUGUCCUCAAGUCUCCGUAUGCCAACAUUGUGUAUGAGCUCAACCCUGAUUUUAAAGCCCCGAAGAGACCUUUCAAAAGAAUGGCUUAUACAGAGGCUUUGGAAUAUUUGAAAAAGAACAAUAUAACAAAAGAUGAUGGAUCAUUUUAUGAAUUUGGUGAUGAUAUCCCAGAAGCCCCGGAACGUAAGAUGACGGACCAAAUCGGGGAGCCCAUCCUGCUGUGCAAGUUCCCAACAGAGAUCAAAUCCUUCUACAUGCUCCGUUGUGAGGAAGACCGCAGACUCACAGAGUCCGUUGACCUGUUGAUGCCGAGCGUAGGGGAGAUAAUUGGUGGGUCGAUGAGGAUCUGGCAGUACGAGGAGCUCAUGGAGGGGUUCAAGCGAGAAGGGAUAGACCCCACAAACUACUACUGGUACACAGACCAGCGUAAGUACGGCACGUGCCCACACGGGGGUUAUGGCCUGGGUCUGGAGCGCUUCCUGUGCUGGAUACUGAACCGCUACCACAUCCGUGAGGUCUGCCUCUAUCCCCGCUUCGUUGAUAGAUGCAGGCCGUGAAAACUUUCCUGCAAUACAGCUACACAGCAAGUGCGAACUGUUAUCAAUGACAGAUAAUCAGAGUGUGUGUGUGGAUAAACAUUGUACCUUUUGUAUUAGAAUCAUUGAUUUAUUAAUGAGUUGAUUAUGUGUGGAUAAACUUUGGAUCUUUACCCUUUAAAAUAUUGAUUUAUUGAUAAUCUGAGCUUGUGUGGAUAAACUUAGGAUAUUUACUUUUAAAAUAUUGAUUAUCUGAGAAGGUGUGGAUAAACUUUGGAUCUUUACCAUUUAAAAUAUUGAUUUAUUGAUAAUCUGAGCUUGUGUGGAUAAACUUUGGAUCUUUACCAUUUAAAAUAUUGAUUUAUUGAUAAUCUGAGCUUGUGUGGAUAAACUUUGGAUCUUUACCAUUUAAAAUAUUGAUUUAUUGAUAAUCUGAGCUUGUGUGGAUAAACUUUGGAUCUUUACCAUUUAAAAUAUUGAUUUAUUUAUAAUCUGAGCUUGUGUGGAUAAACUUUGGAUCUUUACCAUUUAAAAUAUUGAUUUAUUGAUAAUCUGAGCUUGUGUGGAUAAACUUUGGAUCUUUACCAUUUAAAAUAUUGAUUUAUUGAUAAUCUGAGUAUGUGUGGAUAAACAUUGGAUCUUUACCAUUUAAAAUAUUGAUUUAUUGAUAAUCUGAGUAUGUGUGGAUAAACUUUGGAUCUUUACCAAUUAAUCAUUGAUGGCUUUGCAAUUUGUAGUUAUUAACUAAUGCACAUAUGUUAAGAUAAGACUAAUUAAGGGUCAUGUGAUGUUAAGAUAAGACUAAUUAAGGGUCAUGUGAUAUAUGACAAGAAUCAUAAUAUCUACGUAAUAGAAACUAACUCAAAUCACAGUAACACAGGUUUUAAGGCAAAUAAAGCUUAUUUCUAACUGUUCAAACAUUAAUACGGAAAGCUCAGUGGGUAAGUAUAAUUGAACAUGUAUGAAGAAUUUUAAUUUUAAUAAGAAGUCAUGAAUUAUAGCUAGUUUACAAACACUGUUUUAGUUUUUUUGAAGGAAAAUUUGAUCGCAAUGUCAUUGAAUCUCAUUUCCACUCUUGUUAUUGUUUUUUGCCAACCAGUCAUAAUAACACCAAGAUUAAAGACUUAAAUAAUGAAGUGUAAAAAAAUUGUAUUUAUUAAGUUGGUUGUUCUGUUCUUAAUUUAUCACAAAUAUGAUAUGACAAUGGCAUGUAUUUUAUCAUUGAAUAAACACUUUAUUACUGGC